AUGAAACAGUGGUCAAAGAUCGACACUAACAUGGAGAUGGUGGAGAAACCGAGGCGCUACUUGUCGGAAGAGGACAUUCUGCGAAAUCCUUUGGAUAUUGAUCUCAAGACGGUGACGGACGCACGGUUGUCUAGGCUGUACCUUCAUGGACAGACAACGUUUGCCCUAAACGACACCAUCAACGUCAGAAUAGAAACAUACGACAGUUACGGAAACAGACGAACUGGCGGCGGAGACUACUUCCGGUUAUGGAUGGAAGAACGUGGAUUGGGAGCCAGCGUUACCGGUGACGUCAUGGACCAUAAUAACGGAAGUUACACCGGCAUUUUUAGAGCAGUUUGGGCUGGGACGCCAACCAUUUUCUGUCAUAUUGAAAAACGUAAAGAAGAAAUCGCUCUCAUUUAUCGGAAAUAUCAUCAAUAUGACACAUUGUGGUCUGCGCACGCAGACUUCUUCAAUGGCGUCGCGAUGGAGUCGACUCUCUGUUUCACGCGGCCAAUGCCCCCAGCGGAAUAUUGCGACUUGGCCGCGCACAACGGUGACCUGCCGUACUACUGUGUCCGCCCCUUGCAUCCAGACCUCAACUGUAGCAUGUUGGUGAACACGUGGACAUAUCGGCGACGGAUACCGAUGUCGCCAAUAGAGAAGCUUAUUUACGACUUGUCACGUGAUACAGAACAGGAGUUAUUCGUACAAAAUAUUACGGUGAAUAUAUCCAAAGGUCCCGAAAACCAGGGCGUCCUUUCCUCUAAGACGUCACCCCCCUGCAGCGCCGUGUCACCUCGCGCCACCUGGCGGGUUGAAGCGCCAUCUGGAUUCUUCUACAGGGGCGCGUGGAUUUCCCGACUGUGCGUAGUGACUAUUCCCAUCACAGAGCCGGCUUACCGCGCAUGUCUAAAAAACAGGAAUUUGUGGAUACCCGGCGACUCGACGAGCAUACAGAUCUUCAUGGAGAUGAACAACGUGUUGAGGGCUGCUCCUGUCGUUCCCCGCACCCACGAGCCUAAAGUCCUCUUCCAUCCUCAUCACAACUAUUCCGUCCACUGGGAGCCCCAUGAGUUCCCCUACUUUCCUGGACUCAUACACUACCCGAAAACGUAUACCAAACCCGAAUCUCACCAUUUUGAUAAAAUCCCAAACAAUUCUCGAGAUAUCAUUGUGUUGUACAUGAACACCCACUUCAUCGUGGUGCACCAAGACGUCUACAGACUGCACGUCAGAAAACUGGUCUCCAGAACCAGAACCCUCAUGCAACGGGCCCCUAAUGUCGUAGUGGCAGUCAGAGGACCGCAUGCUUAUUUCAGGCAACCGUACCAUGAAAUGUACUCCUACUGGGGUCUGGUAUUCCGCGAUAUACUCCACGAAGAGUUCCGUCCCUUGAAAGACAGAGUUAUCUUCCUUGACUUUUGGGAUAUGACUUCAGCGCUCGGACUGCCUGACUUCCAUCCACCGCCUGCUGUUGUACAGACUAUUACGAACACCAUGAUGGGAUACCUAUGUCGUGACUGA